AUGCUAUCUAAUCUACGACUGGGGAUGCAAAACUUUUCGUUGUUUUGCUUGCUCGUUCUGAUCCACCUUGCAUCCUCAUAUGCUAGACCAACAACAACAUCAGACGAAAUUGAACCAACGCCGUCUUACAUAGUCGAUAUUUUAUCAGCAGAACCGCAAUUUUCAUACUUUCUACGAACGCUACAACGCAAUGGCAUCAUACCGCAAUUGAAUCUUAUGCAAAAUGUGACAUUACUAGCGCCUGUGAAUCUGGCAUUUGUUGGCUCAAUGAGCAAUGCACCAUGGGAAGAUGAGGGAUUGCUUCGCUACAUCAUAAAUCAAGACGUGUCUAUUGGCAACUUGACUGGGGAAGGAGAGGUGAUAUACGACACGUUGUACAACAAGACGAAUAAUAAGCCGUAUCCUAUUAAAAUUGGAUAUGAAAAUGAUGAGUAUGUUGUUGAUGACUCUGCCACGAUAGUCGAAGCAGAUAUAUAUGCCGGUCGUCAAAAGUCAUACAUUCAAGCCAUUGAUAAACUACUACCUGUAAAAAGCACAAUGUGUGAGGCUUUGCUUAACUCGGAUGAUGACAGGAUAUCAAUUGUACGUCAAUUGUUUCUUCUGUUGUUUCCAGAUGAAUACGACACUUUCAAAAAGAAGAAGAAGAAGAAGAAGAAGAAACAUAAUCAGCUUCCAAAGUCAUGCUCAGAGUUUCUCGCUAAUGUGAAGACAGUGGUGCUACCUAGCAACGACGUCAUCAGCAAUUCUUUAGACACACUUCAAUUGAAAUAUUACUUGGCCAACACAGCUAGUCCUGAGUUUGAUACUACCGAGGAAGCAGAAUAUGAGAUAAACUCAGACAUAUUCCAACUACUCCGGCAUCUCAUGUUUGAGGAAUACAUCGAUGGAGUCAAUGGGACAGAUAAAAAAGUCACUUCUUUAGCGGGACUAAAAUACACAUUUCAUAAUGAUCACGGAAACACCACCAUUGUACAUUUCUCCACUAACCAAUCCAUAGCUCUUGCUGAUGGAAUACUACAAGUGUUUGAAACAGGUGAUGGAUUUCUUAAGCUGUUGAAAAUCCCUACAGCAGCAAUGAUUGCAAGAAAAGCAUUAUUUGCACACCACUACUCAAAAGUCGUCAAGGAGUUAAAGUUCAGACUGUUGGAAAGCUACAUAGAUGGUUUAUUUGCUAACCAAACUAUUCUUGUUGACGUUGAUCUGCGUGAUGAUGUAAGCGACGAGGAGAUCAAGUCAAUGUCCUUCAGCUCCAAGCAGGAACUUAUGUAUCGCUUCAUUGAUGACGUCUUGGACUUCAAUGACACUUUGCAUAUUCUUGCAAAUACUAGAUUAUGCUCCAAAAAAAAACUAGGCGGAUGCUACAAAAUGAAGGUGUCGAAGAAGGAAAGUGAACAUGGCGUGCCCCAGUACUUUAUUGAUGGUGGAGUCGAGGUUGGAGAAGCAAUUUCAAUACUCAAUAGCAGUCAAAUUUUCAUCACCAAAGAUGAGGUUUCCGCCCCACUCAAUCUUAAGCACUCAUUGGGUGACUUGAUGUCAAAUGGGGCUCUACCGCCUUCGGGUGGAUUAGAUAUCGAUCGCAGUGGAUGUGUGCGUACUUUAAAAUAUUUCAACGACUUUAAUGUUUUGUCAUUGAAGGACAAUGAAGAAGGCUACACCAUUUUUUUACCUUGUGGAAUGGCAGAUAGCAAGAAAGAAGAGGGGAUAUGGAACGAGCUUGGUCUCGUGUUGGACUACCUUGAGGCUAAUCCAAAUGUAUUCAAAACCAUCAUUCGAGGAAUGAUUCUACAAAAGACAAUCUAUAGUGACUUUGAAGGCUCAAGUAUUUUUAAGGACAUUGAUGAUGAUCCUGUUCAUGUCAAGAGCUUGAGUAGCUCUAACGAAUUUAAUCGGCUUGAGGUUGCAAAGUAUAAUGUGUUUGACUUGCCUUUGAACUCAGACGUAUUAUUUAAUCAAGGUGUGAUACACGUGGUGAAUAAGGUUAUACUCCCACGCGAGUUCUACAUCCCUAUAAAUGAGUUGAUUGCCACCACCUUUGAUGCACUGUUGCCUGACUUUUCCAUUUCUCGUUUACUCGAUGUGUUUCCAGAUAUUAAAAAGUCCCUAACGCAAAAGAACCCUUACUCUUUACUCAUUCCACAGGCGGACUCAUUAAAGGAGUUCAACAUUACAAAAUCGUUUGCCAAUCUACACAAGUUUCUACAAUUUCAUCUAAUACCAAACAAUGAGACCCACAAGUUGGUAGAUUGUGCAAUGGGACAAAACGUCAACGAAAUCAUUCGAACAAAUUUGACUCGUGGUGGGCUUGUUUGCAAGCUGAAAAAGGGUCAGCCUAUGCUUCAAUUGUAUAAAUUGAAUGACACGGAAAUUGUGUCUGAUUAUUCCUACAAUAAGAACCAAGAAGUGAAGUUGAUUUCUCAUGGAUGCACACGUCAAGAAGACACAUCCAAUCGAUCGUGUGUAUUUUUGAUCGACAAGCCAUUAAACUUGCAAUGGUUUAAGCGAUCAGAUAACUUUCUCCAUAUCCAUUUGGGAAUAGUUAGUCUUGGACUUGGAAUCAUAUUAGGAUUGAUCAUUUUUGGCGGUGUUAUGAUUGGACUCGUUCUAUUUAUGAGUAAACGAGGAAAUCCCCAUCGUAAGUCAAGUCAUGCUGACGAUGGUCUUCCUCGAGCUGAUGCUGGGUUUAUGAGUGUUCUCACUGACGACGACGAUUACAUGCCGUACGACAGGGGGUAUGAGACUGAUGUUGAAGUGAUGCGGUCAGAAACUGAUCGAUUGUUUCCCAAAAAGAAGCGAAAGAUUAGGCAUUAUGGGUCAGCUGGUGAUCACAACAAAGAAAAUGAGCCACCGGUUGCACUUCCUCGUGACAUUGGCAAUGUUAAGAGUAACUUGACCAGAGAUAGAAACUUGCCUGGAGUAUCACAGUUUUAG